GGAGAAAUAACAAAAAUGGCUACUUCGGAUUAUCCAAACACUCCCGCUGAAUCUGAUAUUGAAACAAACCCUAAUCCUUCAAAAACUAUAAUACCAACUCCGUCCAAUUCCCCUGCCGUAUGCCUCUUCCAAUUUGCUGGAGACUCCGCCGCCGGUGCCUUCAUGGGCUCCAUCUUUGGCUACGGUUCUGGAUUGAUUAAAAAGAAAGGCUUUAAAGGAUCCUUUGUGGAGGCAGGAUCUUAUGCCAAGACGUUCGCAGUUCUGUCUGGCGUACACAGUUUGGUUGUUUGCUUUCUGAAGAGGCUACGUGGGAAAGAUGAUGUUAUUAAUGCCGGUGUAGCCGGAUGUUGCACCGGACUUGCUCUAAGUUUCCCAGGUGCACCCCAGGCACUUCUACAGAGCUGUCUCACCUUCGGGGCCUUCUCGUUUAUCAUCGAAGGGCUUAACAAGCAGCAGCCAGCGCUGGCACAUCCGUUUUCUGCGAGAAACGAGAACACACACUACAAGGUACCUCGUAGUACUUUAGCACUACCGCUUUCGAUCCCUCUUCCAGUUGAGCUGAAAGGAGCAUUUUCUUCGUUCUGCAAGUCCUUGGUGAAAACCAGAUAAAGGAAGGUUUCCUACAGCUAACUAAUGGGUGGGUUCCUGUCGACUUUAGAAUUUUGCAAGUGCUGAGAAUGUACACUGAAAGUUUUGUUUGAGAUUUGAAGCUUUUGGUAGAAUAAAUAUGAAAUUGAUUCUUUCUUGAAA